GAAAAGAAAAGAUUUGUGAGUGUCCAUGGUAAAAAUACUUUUGAAGAUGAAGAUGAUUGUAAGCAGAAUUUACAAGCUUAUCAGAACUUUGUUUUGGGUAACCCAUCUGCUGCGGAUGAAGGUCUGUACCCUCUACCUCAUAAUGCCUAUUCAGAACGUAACAAAGCUAGUAAUGGUGCUGAAAAAGAUGAUUCUACAGUUGAAAUCUAUUGGAGUUCAGGAUUGUUGUUUACUGCUGUAACCUAUCAUAAACUUCACUUUUUCAUUGUGAGGGAUAUGUUUGAUAAAUUGCUUUUUGUGGAUAAAUAUUGUUUUUUAAAUCUCAUUUAUUAG